AUGAAAUUCAGGAUACUAUGUGCUUGGAUAACUUGGAUACAGAUACGUAGUGGAUCAAGUUAUUUCAACUAUGAAUAUCUUGGUUGCUACAAAGAUAACGGAGACAGAAUGUUAGAUUUGAUAAUAACCGAUGGAAGUAUGACUGUUGAGCUUUGCUACAACAAAUGUUCACAAUAUUCCCACUUUGGGGUACAGAUGAAAAGACAAUGUUUCUGUGGAUACUCAACGGAGGAUGCAACUAUUUACCCACGAAGACCAGAAAAUGAGUGCAACAAGGCGUGUGUCGGCAAUACAAGCCAAACAUGUGGAGGGCAUUGGAGAAUGAAUGUCUAUAGAAAGGUUUCAGUCGAUAUCACCUCUGCUGCAAAUACUGUUACAACAACGUUCCCUGAUUUGACAAGUUCAAAUACUGACUCUACAGUUGCAAAAUUACAUGAUUCGACAAGUACAAGUACUGACUCAUCAUUUACAACGUUACAUGAUUCGACAAGUACAAGUACUGACUCAUCAUUUACAACGUUACAUGAUUCGACAAAUACAAGUAAUGACUCAUCAUUUACAACGUUACACAAUUCGACAAGUACAAGUACUGACUCGAUAGUUUCAACGUUACCUGAUUUGAAAAGUUCAAAUACUGACUCAACAGUUACAAUUUUACAUGAUUCGAGAAGUCCAAAUACUGAUACAACCAUUACAAUGGUAUCUGAUUAUACAAGUUCAAAUACUGACUCAAUAGUUACAACGUUACCUGAUUGGAUUUACCUGUACUUAAGGAAUAUGGCUGAGUCAAGCAUUAUAUAA